AUGUACGCCACUCAAGCUCUCCUGGCUAUGGUCUUCGCGGCCUCAGCUGUCUUAGCUGCUCCUACUCCUACCUCCACAGCAACAUCAGACUGGACAAUCGAGAACCUGACUCGCGACUGCAACGAUGCUGAGACAUCCUGCACCUGGACCUUCGGUAUCUUCGAUGGUACCACAGAGACAGCCUGUACCUACAUUGUUGCUGGACCUACUGCAAGCGGGGCGGCAACAUGCGGCGACUACACCGUUACCAGCAACUACGCACAGGGGAACCCUCCUUGGACUCAGUUCUCUGUCAUUAAGGAUGGCUUGAUCAUCUACCCAUCCUACACUGAUGAUGUCCUUGCCAACCCUCCUGUCGCUGACUGGACCUCGGCUCCUGUCCCUACUCCAUAG